CUGAAUUUGGCUCUGCAUUUCCUUCCCCCAAAGAUCAAGAAAUCUAGGGAGACAUCCCCCCUCCAAAGACGUUUGGAGGAGAUAACAUUGGCUCCAAGGCUGGAGAUGUGUUUAAGAGUCUCUUUUCUUGCUCUCAUUCUUCUCUACGUUGUUCCAAAGACUGAUAUAAAUUUAAUUCUCAUAAGGGAGAAUUAUGGGAGGUCGCCACGGGGGAAAAAGCCUGAGCAAAAGUACCCAGAGCAGGCCGUGGAGUGUUCUUCCUCCACUACGCACCGCGCCCUCUCCCACGUGGCCAGGUCACAGAGGAGGACGUCAGUACCCCAGGAGCGGGCCUGGCUUUGGUGUCCAGGAAGGGUGAUGGCCAGGAUCACGCACGCACACUCACACUCACUCGCACUCACAGUGGGGUUUCUCCAAGGCACAUGCCCAGAAGCUUUUGACUAAAGCCUGAAGACAAGCCAGCUCCAUGUGCUAUGACCAUAGGCAGGUGCGGUCUGAGUAGGUGUAGCACAGGGAUUUUAACCUGGAUAGGCCUGUGAGACGGCUUCAGUUGAACGUACAGUAUUUUAUGGAGAAGCCCAUUUUUCUUGGAGAGAUUGUAUUGAAUUUUCAAGGGGUCUCUGCUUCCUCUCCCCAUCACCUCAAAGGAAAACAACAACAAAAAAAUUUUUUAAAGCCACGUCGACCCUAGGACUCCGACUUUUUCUUAGACUAAAAGAACUGUAGUCGGGGAUUUAGCUCAGUGGUUCCGCCGCCUGCCCCUCAAGCUCAAAGACCCGAGUUCGGUCCCCGGUUAAAAGAAAAAAAAAAAAAGAAAGAAAGAAAUGAGAGGAGGGCCAAAGCACUGAGGAGAGAAAUUGUGCCCCGUUUACUUGCGAUGGUUUCACUGGAACCACAACCCCAGUGACCCUUGCGGCAAAGUCCGCGCUUAUUGGCCAAUGUCUCCUAACGUGACACAUGGAGCAGCCAAUAAACAGGGAGAAUUGCGGAGCGGGUUCAGCCUCCGCUCACCUAUCAGGGACUGUGGGCCGAUACUUCCGGUAGCUGCGCAGGAGAUCCGAACUAGAUCACUGUUAGAAAGGAUGGAGUUAGGAAAAGGAAGACUGCUCAGGACUGGACUGAACGCAUUGCACCAAGCUUUACACCCCACCCACGGCCUUGCCUGGACUGAUGGAAACCAAGUAGUCCUGACUGAGUUACAGCUUCACAAUGGAGGGGCUAAAUUUGGGGACUCCAGAGUCCUGGGUCAGUUCGGACAUGUAAGGGGGGUCUCCUGGGCCCCGGCCGACACAGCCGGCGUGCCUGUGCCUGCGCCUGCUCUGCUUGCUGUGCAGCACGAGAAGCACAUAACUGUGUGGCAGCUGAGUCCCACCACCACAGGGUCAAGCAAAGGGCUGAUGUCUCAGACUGCCGAGAUUCGAGAGUCUCUCCCUGUCCUUCCCCAGGGCUGUGUGUGGCACCCGAAAAACACUCUCCUAACUGUGUUGACUGCGCACGAUGCCUCUGUUUUCCCCAACGUUCACUGUGACAGUUCCCGGGUGAAAGUGGACAUCAGCAGCCAAGGCCGCAUUCACUGUGCGUGUUGGACCCGGGACGGCCAGAGGCUGGUGGUGACAGUAGGCAGCUGCCUUCAUUCUUACGUCUGGGACAGUGCUCAGAAGACUCUUGCCAGGUGCUCCGUCUGCCCAGUGUUCAGUCUGGACAGCUGUGUCUGCUCCCUCCAGGCCACCGUGGACUCAGGGGUUGCUGUCACCACUGAGCUGCCACUGGAUAAGAUUUGUAGCUUAAACGCAUCUGAAACCAUUGACCUUCCAACUAAUGGUGAAGGCGGUCUGCAAAUUUCUCCAGUUGUUGGUGAGAUGUCCUCUGUGGAGAAGGAGGCAGCUGCUUCUGAAACAGAUUGUAUUUCUCCUUCCUUCUCAGAUCUUCUGGAUCUGACCCAUUUACAUUUCAGCCGACCUCAGUCUGAGGAAGGUGCUCUUUUUUAUCUAAGAAAAGAGGACUACCUGACAGGGACUGGCCAGGAUUCUUCUCAUUUGGUCCUUGUCAGCUUUGGGAAGGAGGUUAACGUGACCAGAAGAGUCACUAUUCCAGGCAUUCUGGUUCCUGAUCUGAUAGCAUUUAAUCUCAAAACACAGGUAGUGGCAGUGGCUUCCAAUACAUGUAAUAUAAUUUUGAUCUAUUCUGUCAUUCCAUCUUCAAUGCCAAACAUCCAGCAGAUUCAGUUAGAGAAUGAUGAAAGACCAAAAGGCAUAAGUUUCAUGACCAAUAGAUCAUUACUAAUUUUGGUAGGAAGACAAAAGUCUACUGAUACGACAUUUCUUCCUACUUCAGAGUCUGAUCAGUAUGUCAUUCGCUUGGUUGUUAGAGAAGUUAUGUUAGAAGAAUCUUCAGUAACAUCUAAUGAAAGCCAGAGUGUCAAUGCUACUUCCAUUGCUCUGUUAAACAAAGCAAAUGGAAAAAAGUUAAUUGAAAGCCUUCCCCCAGAUUUUUGUCAUCAAAACAGAGAGCUCCUCUUAACAGCAAACACCAAUAGUCAGAGUGCAAAGCCCGGAAAAACUCUUAUUGAAGAAAUUAAAAGUCCCCUGUCCAGUAUCCUGGAUGGUUCUGUUGCCCUGGAAACACUACAGAGGCCCUCCUGGGCCUGGGCAUCAUUGCCCGGACUCACUAGCACGCCAGAACCUCCAAAUGUUCCUCGAAGAGAGAAUUUGGAAGAGGAAACUCACCAACAAACCAAGGGCCUAGAAAUUUUGUCUAGGAACAUGACUGAAAUACAGCAAUGUCUUUUCGAACUCAGAGAUUUUCUAUACAAUGGGAAGAAAUCUCCAGUGUAUCCACUCUCUAAUGAUCCCCCUUAUGUUCACAUCAUUUACCAGACUCCUGCUGGAUCCUGCUCUCUGCUGACAGUGAAGGCUUCAUCCCGCUGACUUUCAUAGCCUCCCAGGUGCUCAUCGUGCGGGAUGGCAACCCGCGCCGCUCGGAGGUCUGCAGGGACUCUCUCUCUCACAGCCAGGACCCUGUCCCUCCGCCCAAAGGCUCUGGAGACCUUGCUGCCCGGAGCCCGGACACCCCUGGCUGUCCUUGCCACGUGGAUGGUGCAGCCUGAUGCCUAUGAUGGCGGGGUCGCUCUGCACCCUGGACUCGGGUGAGUCUCACAGCGUCACAGCUGAGGCACUGUCUUGGUGGCCUUGCCGUCCUCCCCGGCCGAGGCACACUGGCCAGUGGCCGUACUCGGUGUCUUUGUCAGAUGGCUCGGAAUGUGGUUGCUUUCCGUGUUCGUGACCAUAGAGUUGCAUCUAAGGGCAGACCACCUAGAACAAACUCACGCUGGUGCCCUGUGACUUGCAUCUCAUGGUUUCUCUGAAGCUUUGUGUCCCUUGUCCAAAGCAGUGUUAAUGCCGUACUGGGGUCAGCACCGUUGCUUGUCUUGGCUCCAAGUCGAGGGCGAGAGCGCUGCUAUGGCACACGGAGCGUAUGCUACAGAAAAUGACUUCUGCUCCAGGGCUGCCUGGGGCUGGAGGUCGCUCUGACGUUGGCCUUUCCUCCCAGGAUUUAAACCCAACUCUCUUGCUUCCUUCAACUGUUCUGGCCGGGCAUGAUGGUGCGCACCUGUAAUCCCAGCACUGGAGGGAGAGGGUGAGACAAGAGGAUCACUAGGAGUUCAAGGCCCACCUGGGCUACACAGUGAGUUCAGGGCCAGCCAGGAGUACAUAGCGAGACCCUGUGUCAAAACAAAACAAAAAGCGGGCAUUUAGCUCAGUGGUUCCACCGCCUGCCUUGUAAGCGCAAGGUCCCGAGUUCGAUCCCCAGUACCAAGAAACAAAAGAACAAAAAAUAUCUUUUAAAAUUUAGAAACGUUUUUUGAGCCAGCUGUGGUGGGGCAGACCUAUAUUCUAGUACUUGUGAGGAUAAGGCAGUGGGAGUGAGAGUUCAGCACUAGCCUGGGCUACAUAGUGAGACCCUGUCUCAAAAUACCCAAACCAGUGAGCAAAAAUAUCCCCAAAACCUUCAAGAACGGAGAAACGUGGCUGACAGAGGUCCACACACUGCUGAAUUGGAAUACACUUCCCUGUGAUUUGAGCCUGGAACUCCGGAUGUGUUAGUGCCCUGGCGGUCAGUCACAGGUGAGCAACCUCCUGCUGUGGCUGCUCUGAUUAUCUCCCUGAAAUGGGUUGCUUUAUGUUGUUUCUCAGCUAUGGUAUCCUAAGUUUCCUAACGGUCAGCCCUGUUAGUUAACUUGUCACUUUUUGUGUGUGUGUCCUGGGGACCAAACCCAGGCGCUGUGCACGCCAUGCAAACACUCUGCCACUGGGCCACACCUGUAACCCAGCUUGGCACUUUAUCUUUUUCUCUCUUUUUUUCUUUUUCUUUUUGUCACUUUAAUUUAGAUAUUUUUUCUUUCCAGCCUUAGAGAUCAGUGUGUAAACUAUGAAAGUAUAUAAGAAAGUUGAAAAUGUUUCUGAAUCUGAGGUACAGCAGUUCUGAAAAGUACCAGCUUUCUCUUUAUGGCUAAAGUGCCAGCUGGAUAAUGAAAGAACCCUGAAUCAGUUUAGAUGGACACAGCGCUCCUCACCGCCCUCAUGAAGAGCCACUGGUUCAGUCCCCACGGAGCGGCUGGACAGCACACUGUUCCUGCCGUAGAAGGUCCAUUAGCACACACACCCCUUUAAGUUGUCUUGAAAGAUGAUACUGGGUACCCUUGGGAAGCCUGCUUGUCUGUCAUAGUCUAUGGAGAUGGAGCUGGGCUCGCUAGGAGAGAAGUGAGGGCCCAUUUGUGGUUCAGAUGCAUUAACUGCCGGGAUAAUGGAGGCGGAGGCUGCUGGUCUGUGAGCAGUGGUCGGAGCGUGGCGGCUGAGGACAGUCUGAGGUCUGGCCCCAUCUGCAAAGGAAGUGAGAUCACAACUGUAUCAAGCCCAGAGGGGCCUAAGGGACUUGAGUGAGAGCAGUGUGAAUGUUAUAAUCACUGUUUCUCGAGGCAAAUCCUAUGAAUGCAUCAAUAAAAUCGCUAUUAUUUUUGUGGCUGUUUUGAA